AUGGCGACCGCAGCUGCCCCCGAGUCCUCCCUCCUCUCCCUCCUCUACCGCUCGUACCCCAAUGCCGUGGCGCCGAAUGCGACCGAGCUCGACUAUCAGCAUGCCUCGUCCAAGAUCUUCCCCACUGUGAGCUUCAGUGUGGCCGAGGACGCGGACAUCAAGACAUGGAUGAACACCGUCACUGGCCUGAAGGAAGCCCUGGCCCGCGAUGACAAGGAUCUUGUUGCUCGUAUCGUGAACCAGCUCAACACCCACUUGGCCUCCCGGACUACUUUGCUCGGCACGAAGCCCUCGGUCGCUGAUGUGGCCGUCUACGCCGUUUUGGCUCCCAUGGUUGAGAAGUGGUCCGCCGAAGAACGCACCGGAGAGCAGGGAUACCACCAUGUUGUUCGUCACGUCGACUUUGUGCAAAACUCCAAGCUCUUCUCGCUGCAGAUCCCCGACGAGGAGAAGGUCGUCAUUGACGUGAACGACAUCAAGUUUGUGCCCAAGCCCGUCGACCCCAAGGAAGAGAAGGAGCGCAAGAAGCGCGAGAAGGCCAAUGCUGCUGCUGCUGGUGCUGAGAAGCCUCUCGUUGUGGGCAAGGGUAAGCCCGAGACUCCCGCCGAAGGUGCUGCGGCUCCUGCUGCCCCCGCUGAGGGUGCCGCUGCCGCCGCUGCUCCUCAAAAGACCAACAAGAAGGAGAAGAAGGAAAAGAAGGAGAAGCAGCCCAAGCAACCCAAGGCCCCUGCUGCCCCGGCUCUGCCUCCGACUCCCUCCAUCAUCGAUCUGUGUGUCGGUCACAUCCUGCGCGCCGUCAACCACCCCAACGCCGAUUCUCUUUACGUGUCCACCAUCGACUGCGGCGACGCCCCCGGCAGUGAGAACACCUCCGUGGACGAGGAGACCGGCAAGACCGUGCGCACUGUCUGCUCCGGUCUGAACGGACUGAUUCCCUUGGCGGAGAUGCAGAACCGCAAGAUUGUGGCCGUGUGCAACCUCAAGCCCGUGACCAUGCGUGGCAUCAAGUCCUGCGCCAUGGUUCUGGCUGCCUCUCCCCGUGUGGCCGAGGGUGAGGACUCGCACGCCGGCCCCGUUGAGCUUGUCAACCCCCCGGCCGACGCGCCUGCCGGUGAGCGCAUCUACUUUGAGGGUUGGUCCGAGGGUGAGCCCGAGAAGCAGCUCAACCCCAAGAAGAAGAUCUGGGAGACGUUCCAGCCCGGAUUCACCACCACCGAGGACUUGGAGGUGGCUUUUGACAAGAGUGCUGUCCCUGUUGCCCAGGAGCAGGACGGUAAGCCUGCCGUGGGCAAGCUGGUCACUGCUUCCGGAGUGGUGUGCAAAGUUCAGAGCCUGAAGAACGCGACCGUCCGGUAA